AUGAGAGGCAGUCUAAGGUCUUGCUCUUGCGACCCGAAUGAAAGAUAUCAUAAUCCAGAUAAUUAUAUCUGUUAUAUAAGUAGUUUGAAGAGAUCUAGCGAUCAAAAAGAUGAAGCAUCGAACAACCGAAUCGAAGGUCGCACAGUAUAUAACGUAUACGUGUGUGGGGUCAUACUAGCACAUGAACUUGAUUCCUUCCGCGAUGACUUACUUCGUCCUACAUUUAUGCUCAAAAAAGCUGUUUGCUGUACCGCUGCCGAAAAAUGCUGGGGCUGUAACAUAAUUACUAGCCUCAUAGAGGAUAAUCUCGAUCGAAAUGGGAAGCCGUGGCGUGUCAUUGUUAUUCAGGUGCUCUGGGACGAAUGGAUUCGUCUUGGACGCAGAGGCUAUGGAUUUCGAGAUGGCGAGUUGGCCCCUAUACCAAAAUUAGGAAUAGAUUGGUUUAAGAGGAUGGUUGAGAACCAGAGCAAACUUCAAAAGCUCCAGUCUCUUCAUCUUGUCAAAGGGAAUAAUCAGGUUCGGAGCCGAAAGCAUGUAGAUAAUUAA